UGCGUAUCGAUACGAGCGGAUGAUGCACUCAGCACAGUUUUUGCAACAACACCGUGCAUCGCGAUCAAUCGAUGUCAUCGGUCGGUCCAAAACCCAUCAAUUAGAGACCCCUUGUACACAGCCGUUUUGUUCCCGGACAGUUGUGGGCAGCGUUGUGGAAAUCAAUAUCAGGGAAUAUUGCAACAACUGCCCAUCAACCACUGCGCAGCAAAGGUGGGAGCAACCGUACAAAACUCUUGACCGUCCUCAGAACGCACCGUAGUUCUUCGGACGACACUGUGACCGAUCCAUAGCAAUGUCAUUUAGUGCUCCCGUCGUUACCCUAUCGGUGGUUUUAGUGCUGAUGGUAGCGUGUCUACCGCCCCACGAUGUAGCAGCUCAUCCUUCAACCGCACUCAGCAGAGCAAACUUCAAUCAACCUUCGACAGCAUCGCAACCGUUGCGUACACUCGGGACGCUCGGGAUUCUGUUCGGUGCGAUCGAGGCGGAAGCUGCGAUCGAACGACGGCUGGAACGUUUGUUGCGUGAACUGGAUGAGUCGUCGGUUGAGCAACAGCUGCGGGUAGAGCGUGCCGUUGCCGGCACGUUACAGCGUGCCCAGGUCGCGAUGGAGAUCCUUGGAACUGGGCUCGAGCUGGCAGCAUCCCCGCUGAAGCCUGACGCUUCACCCGGUGACUUCAGACGGGUGCUGAUCGCCCGCACACAGGAAAUGCUCUCCGGGCAGCGAUCCACACCACGGAUCGGAAUGAAAGUUUCCAACGGCACCAACUCGGCGGACUCGUCAACUGCCAUCAUGAAGAAGCAGGUCAAUCAGCAGCUGGUCGAUAUGCGUCGACAGCUCGCCACGCAUCUGAAGCGGGCCGUGCGAAAUUUGGGCGAUUCCAACGGGUUGCAGGCGACGAACCUGGCCACCUCGCUCGGUAGUGAGCUGAUCCAGCGGCUGUUGGUGCAAACGACACUGCCGAAACCCGUACGCUUUGAGGAACUUGUUGAAGCAGGUUUGAAGUUACAUCUGGAAAGGAUAUUCCGAAGCAGGCGACAGGACGAAAAGGAACCGGAAACGAAUGAGAUCGCUGUAUCGGUGGACACGUCACCCGGUGGAUCAGAGUCGAAGGAGUCCGAAUCGUCCGAAGAGGAGGAAGGCCCCGGAGGGUUGGUGGGAUUAAUCGCGAGUCUGAGUGGUGGUGAUGAAGGAUCCGAUGUUGGCGCUCUGAUUGGGUCUCUGUCCGCUGUGGUAACGAAUCUGUUUGGGCCAGGAGGUCUAGAUGUACCAGGAUUACUUGGAACGGGAACCUCUCUAAUUGCUGGACUUCUCGGUGGUGAUGACAAUUUCGGCAAAGUGCUUGGCAGUUACGUCGGUAUCGCGAUCGAGGGCCUGUCCGGUGGUGGUGCGGACAUGAACGGUGCGUUCUUUGGCAACUUCCUCGGUGCACUUAUCGCUGCGCUCAGCUCAGAUCCAGAGGACGAGAAUCUUCCCCUCAAACCGAAACUGUUCGUGGAGAACUUUUUCACCGGGCUGGAAGAAGCGAAACGGAAAGCCGACCCGAACAGUGAUGCGGAACAGUGUUGCCAGCAUAAGGGCGGUUCGGAUCUGUUUGCCUUCCUCGGUAACAUUGUGUCGUCGGUUGUGGGUGGCAUCACGAGUCUGGUGCUGAACGCAUCCCUCGGUUCGUCCGGCGGUUCCUCGCAGGGUUCAGCCGAUGCGUCCGGUGCUUCGUCUGCAGGCAGUAGUGGCUCUUCAGGUGAUCAUCCUCAUCCGGCUAUGUAAACGAUACGCUCACCAUCGUUCGACCUGUCCGUUCUACGUGGUGUCAGCACUGGGUAGCUGGCUGGAGUCAAAAGUCAGCCGACCUAUGUGAGCUGAUUUCGAAAGUGAAAGUCAAGGCUGCGGGCGGAAGUAGGUUGACGAGGAGCAUGAUCGAGAGCGACUACAUUUAAGUAGAUUAAGUAGGCGCACAAUGUAGUACACCGUAGUUUUAGAGUGUUUGAUGAAGUAGUAAAUG